AUGGCAACACACGGCAUGUGGAUUCACGCACAGAACAUGGGAGAGCCAGUGACGUUUCUCCUUCACGAUUCUGAUGGAAAGGGAAUGGAUGCUGUGGCUUAUUUAGAUAAACUCUGUACUCUUCUGCGUAGUAGUGAUCCCGUAAGUAUCAAGGCAGAAAGUGCUUAUCAGUCUCUGAGUGUAUAUAUAAGUAUGUUGGAUGAUGCUGAUGCUGAACCUUCAAAUCUAGAGAAUGAAAUGGAAGUUGGAAUUGAUGAAUGGACACCAUUUCAUCUGGCAAUUGUGGUAAAACAUGCAAAAGCUGUUGCUGAACUCUUGUCAUUUCAUCAACAAUAUUCUGUUACUGUAUUGGAGGAUCUUUUGCGUGAUAAUAGUAGAGAAGCUUCACUGGAAACUGGAGCUGAUGCUAUUGCUGCUGCUUCUACAUCUUCCACUUGUCCAGAUUACCUUUUAAACUCACGAGAGUGUAGUCCUAUGAAAGGAAGUUUACAUCAGCAACGAAGAGGCUUAGAGAUUCAGGUGCGGAAUGAGUUGGGUGGAACAGUUGUCAUUCUUGAAGGAACUGUAAGUAGAGGAAGUGUAAGUGUAAAUGGAGGAAGUGUAAAUGGAUGUGGAGAAGUAUGUAGUGAUGAGGCUUCACGGUAUUUUAGAAGGGGUAUGUCGGGUUCAUUAUCUAUUGGAGGAGAAUCCAAGUAUACUAUUUCAACUGUAACAGGAGCAUUGGGAUCUCUCUUAAAUUGUGUGGUGUAUGAAAGAGAUUAUGCAAAUAACUUUGAUGACUACGCUGGUGCUAGUGCAAUUGGUGGUGAAAAUAAUAAUAAUAAUAAUAAUAAUAAUAAUAAUAAUAAUAAUAAUAGUAAUAGUAGUAAUAGUGGUGGUAAUAGUGGAGUGAAGUCGGAGUCUGGAUUUGUAACGCAAAUUAUAUCUGCACACCGUGGAGCCCUUUCUGAGUAUUAUACACGGUUUCCAAGUCUUAUUAUUGAUCACGAUGUCCUGUAUGAGGUUUGCUCUGGUGAUCUGCGAAUUCUCAGUAAUAUGUUGAAACUCUUUGCGGGUUUACUUCUCCCUGUGAUAAAUGGAAGGCGUAUGUAUUACGUUGGUAGUGGUUCACGAGGGAGUUCCACUAAUACAUCACCGUGGGAAUCUCCACAUGGUGUGGCCUUACCACGUAGUAUUCAACAACAACAACCAUCACAUCAACAACAACAUCAACAACAACAGCAGCAUCAACAACAUCAUCAUUCACAUCAUGCUGUACCGCAAAGCCCAAUUUUAUUAUCCUGUGCCCCGCAGGAACACCAAAAACUUGCAUUUCUUGCGUUGUGGAUAAGUUUUCGUGAAACCACAACAAUGGAGCGACAACCACCGGGAUCCGCACGGCAAAAUCGUGAGGCAACUGUUCUCAGUGACUUCCGUGUGUCAUUAUGGAAUUUUAAAAAGGUUACUCAUAUAGCUCCACCAAACUCUAUAUGGAGUGGUCAUCUUUUUGUUCUUUCUAGACUUCUCUCCCGUGAUUGUGCGUUGGAAAGUUUCCUUGAUAUUGUUGAAGAAGGUGAUUAUGCCUCUUGUUCUACUGGAAUUCCAGCUACCUUCAUCACACUACUAGUGGCAGGAGCUGUGGUUUCGGCAUUACCAAAAAGAUAUCAUCUUCUGCAAAUGUUGUAUAAAAAGGUAAAAACUUUACUAGUAGAUGUGCCUGGUGUAUUUUCACCUCUGCGAUUCUACCUCGCAUCACGUCCAACGAAUGACGCUGAACGUUUUGAAGAGUUAUGGUUGGCCGCAACACCACUCACAUCUCAAAAGAAAUUCAACGCUAGGGUAGAUAUGCUGUAUUUCGCAUGUGUGGAGUCUGUAUUGCUUAGUGCAGAAGAACUCUGGAGCAAACCUGAUGCCUUCACUGAAAAGAACGAUCGUUUAAGAGUACAGUCUGUACUGCAGGAUUGGCUUAAAAUGUGUCAACGGUUCCUAUUGAGUUUGAAAGAAAAACCACCAAGUGGACAACAACAACGACGUGCUACAUCCAAAUCACCUGCAGAUGAUGAUGUCAACCCAUCCACAAAAAACUCUUUCCAUUCUUCUGAAGAUCAUGAUAUUGAAGCCCUGCGCCGUUUGUGUGAGGCAUUGCCCUUGCGUCUUCAACAUGGUGAACCGCCAUUACCGGCAUUUUACAAAUUUCUAUACCCGCAAACAGAUACUAAUACUACUACUACUACAGGUUCUGGUUCUAGUGUUGCUGGAGUAUCGGAUGUAGUUAAUGCUAAUGGAAAGAAUACUGUUGGAUCUGAUGUGGAAUCUGCCUUUGAGGCUGCUCAGUUUGCCUUCUCAAGGAUGGCAGCAUCCGCCAGUAACGACAUCAAACUCAAGUUCUACGGUCUCUACAAACAGGCGACUGUGGGAGACAUUAAUGUCUCCAGGCCAUGGAUGGUGGAUGUUGUUGGAUGUGCAAAGUGGGAUGCGUGGAAUGCACUCAAAGGAAUGACCACAGAAGCAGCAAAGCGACAGUAUGUGGAGGAUCUACAAGAACUGCAAAGUUCACAACCAAAGACCCAGUAA